GGCAGAACUAGGCAUGUCGAUUUAAAAUCGAUUAAUCGAAAAAUCGAUUAUUUAGAGUAAUAUAAUUGAUUUUUCAGAUCGAUUUUGAACCCUACGUCGAUUCAAUGAAUCGAUUCACAAACCUCCCAAAUCGGACCCUCCGAAUCGGACGGUAGUUUUUUUAAUUUUUUGCUGUUGUCGGGCGCAAAAGCAACUGGUAGUACUUGGUCAAUAAUUUGAACGCGUCAUAGAGUAAUAAAUAUUUAUGAACGCUUCCAAAGGUGGCGUUACUUACGUAAAAAAAAAAAAAAAAACAUUUUAUUUUUCUAUCCGGCUGAUUCCGGCUGUCAAAAACCUAACCUAUAUAAUCUUGUGAGUUGAGUGAGCUUACAUAGCAAAAAUAUACUGUGGAUAAAUAAUAUCGUGUUCAUUCAUAAAUUCAUACAGCAUUUAUUUUAAUUUGAAAAAUACCUAAAAUGUCAACUAAAAGUGAUACAUGGUAUCAUUUUGUAAAAAAGGGAUCAAGUGGCGUAUGCAAGUAUUGUCAUAUCGAAGUUAAAACAUGCGGGAAUACAACAAACUUACGCAACCAUUUACUACGAAGACAUCCAUCUAUUAAGUCCGUAAGUCAACGAAAACUGGUGGUGGCAAAUGAUGAUAUUGGUAUUGGUGACGACAAAAAAAAAACUGGAACAAAUGAAGAUAUUGCUACUACGUCGACAUCAAAGGAAAAAUUUGGCAUAAAUGAUGCUUUGAGUUUAACCAGUUCAAAAGAGUACUAUGAUUCUGACUUAGAAAGUAUAGCUUCAUCAUCAGUAUCACUGAAAAACUCAAAACUUAAUCAGCUAACUAUGGAUUCAUGUGUUGAUAAUAUUAAAGCAUUUAGUGUAAACGGAAAGAAGUAUGGACAACUAAAUAAUGCUAUCAUGUUAAUGAUUUGCAAGGAUACGUUGCCAUUAAAUACAGUUGAAAAAGAAGGUUUCACAUACUUAAUGAAAACAGCAGUGCCUUUAUAUAAGCUUCCUUCACGGCAGACAAUUACACAAAUGAUAGAUGACAAAUAUGAUGUUCUUUCUUUGCAAUUUAGAGAAAAGCUCUUAGAAGUAGAGUCAAUAUGUUUAACUACGGAUAUAUGGACAGAUACACAUAAUACUAGAAGCUACAUGGGUUUAACUGGACAUUUUAUACAUGAAAGUGAGCUGAUUAGUAUAAAUUUUGGUGUGUCCCAUUUAACUGAGCCCCAUAAUUCUGAUUAUUUAUGUCAAAUAUUAAUAAAAAUGACUGAAAAAUGGGGUAUAACCCCAGAAAAAGUUGCAGCAGUUGUUACUGAUAAUGGUGCGAAUAUCGUCAAGGCCGUAACAAUUGCAUUUGGAAAACAAAAACACUUAUGGUGUUUCGCCCACACUUUGAAUUUAGUAGCUCAAAAACCUUUUGAAGAAAAAGCUGGUAUUGAAAAUGCCAAACAGUUACUAAAUACUGUAAAGGAUAUAACUAGAUACUGUAAACAAAAUGUAAAUGUAUCUGAUGCUCUUCGUAAAGCGCAAAAUGAAAUAGCAGUACCACUCAAAUUGAUUCAGUCAGUUUGCACACGAUGGAAUUCAAUUUACUAUCAGCUAGUUCGGUUUGUAAAGUUAUCUGAGCUACUUGCCCCGAUAUUACUCAAUUACCCGAAAGCUCCACCUAUGUUAACAGCCAGUCAACUGGAUGGUAUUAAAGAUCUUAUAAAUAUUUUAAAACCUAUGGAAGCUGUGACGAAAGAAAUAUCCGUAGAGAAAUUUGUAACGUCAAGCAAAAUUAUACCAAUAGUUUCCUGUCUUUUGAAAACAUACAGUACAAUGAAGACGGAAACAGAUGUCGGUGCUGCAACCAAAAAUUUAAUAUUGGAAGAAUUAAAAAAGAGAUUUGGUACAGUGGAACAAGUACAUGUGUUAGCUAUCACCACACUACUGGAUCCAAGAUUCAAGAAAAUUCAUUUUUCUGACAGAUUAGCAUGCUCCAGAGCUAUUGAUAAAAUUAAUAGUAUGAUUGUAGCUUCAAAAAAGCAAUUGCAGAAUAAAUUAAGUAAUGAAGAUUCAGAGAAUAAUUUGGAAUGCCAGCUGAAGGAAGCAGAAGAAUCUAACAUUUGGGAAUUCCAUAAUACAUUAGUAAAAAAUCAGCUACAAUUAUUUCAAGCAGAAACUGAAGGACAAGGUUUACAAGACGAAUUGAAACAUUAUUUAACACAGCCUGUCGUCGAUUUUAAAACGACGGCUCCUAUUGCAUAUUGGUGUCACCAAAGAAAUUCGUUGUACAGCUCAAUAACGCCGAUUGCUAACAAAUACUUUUGCAUAGUUGGAACAUCUGUUCCAUGUGAAAGGCUUUUUUCUGUUGCGGGAAAUAUUGCUACUGACGAAAGGAGUCGUUUAGAUCCUGAGCGAUUAGAUAAUGCGUUACUACGGCAAGAAGUUUCUCAAGCUGCAGCUCCGUUGACAAUACCCGUGCCAGAAGGUGUUGAUAAACCAGUGUCGCCAAAAAUUGAGAAAAUAGUACAAGAAAUUACAAACCUUAACCUUCUGGAGGUGUCAGAGUUAAGUCAAAUAUUGAAAAAACGGCUGAAUCUACCCGAUGCUCCUGUUAUGCCCAUUGGUGGAUUUGCUAUGGGUGCUGGAGCCCCUGCGGCCCAAGAAGAAGAGGAAGCCGCACCAAAAACUGUGAAAACUAGUUUCACCGUAAAGAUGACAAAGUUUGAUGAUAAACAAAAAGUUGCAUUAAUUAAAGAAGUCAAAGGUCUCUUAGAAGGUUUCAAUCUUGUUCAAGCGAAGAAAUUUGUUGAGAGUGUGCCCACAGUUGUAAAAGCUGACAUUUCUAAAGAUGAAGCAGAAAAACUUAAAGAAGCAUUAACCAAAGUUGGAGCUAUUAUAGAGAUUGAAUAG